AUGGCUUACAAACUAGCUAAGCUGAUCCUUGUGAUUGCCAGCGUCUGGAUAGCCGCCUCACUUCCGGUGGAGCCGCAGUCAUGGCUCUCCCUAGUGGAGCAACUGCUCGAGAAAAUGGUGCGCAUGGAGCUCAACGUGGAGGCCAUGCACAAGGAGAUGCAGCAGGCACGUGAUCAGGUCACUUCCGGUCUGAGUGACUUGGAUGCUAUGAAGCAGACGGUCGGCGCUAUGCAGACGUAUAUUACUGAUAACACGAGCAAAUCAGACACUGCUGUGGCGUUCAACGCUCACACAAUUGUGGACAAGUCACCUGCUACGGGCCAGGUUCUCGUGUUCAGCAAUCCUCUGUUCAACAUCGGGGAGGCGUACGACAGUGGGGCUGGAAUCUUCACGACGCCCGUCUCCGGGGUUUACAUCUUCUCCGCACACUUCUGUCUUCAUAAUGCUAAGCAUUGGUACUACGCUUUCAUGAAAGAGAACGACGUUGUUGUUGUAAAGGGUCACAAGUAUGAAUCUGGCACACACGUGUGCGAGAUGGCAAGUGCCGUGGUUCUCCUCCUGCAGAACGAGAGACUGUGGAUAGAGUGUCGAUCAGGAAGCACGGACGAUCAGUUCUACAGUGAUGCUAAUCAUAGGAGUUCCUUCUCUGGGGCCUUGCUCCACAGGGUGAAUGGAUACCCGUAGGGAAUAUUGAAUGCACAUGCAGGGAGGGUGAAUCUCAUACAGGAAAACGAACAAUAUCAUAUGUUGAAGUAUUGUAGCACAGUUCUGAUCAUUUGUUGGUACCUACCUUAUUUUGUUUACCAGUGGCUUAGUGUAAUGUACAGUAAACAUGUGUGUGUGUUGUUACCUUUCUUAAAUAACGACACUCAAAGUUCGUAUUUAUUCAUCUUAAUCACAUUCACGUGUAAUGUAAAAGUUAUAAUGCAUAUUAUCUUUAUAAUUUAAAGGUAUAGUGACCUCCCAAUAAGUUAUGUGUCGGCGGCAUACUAUUUGAAAUCAU